UGUGUGUAAUUUUAUACUAAUAAGAUUUGUCUUAGCCAUCUCACCAACCAAAUUAUUCAAAAUAUUCCCUCUGUAAGAAAGGCUCUGUCCAAAUAAUUUAACUACGUUUCGUCGACAUUGCCUGGGAAAUCUGUGUUUACUAUCGCCAGUUAGCUUUGAAAAAUAGCAACGACAAAAAUAUUGCUGGAUUCUUCUUUGUGAGUUUGAGAUCUAAAGCAAGUGGAGAGUCAGUUUGAAUACAAACAUCAUCGAGAGUUGCUGGAAAUGAACAACUACGCAAGGAGGAAGUAGUUGGUUUAUAACUUUUAAGAAAUAGCAAAGUCAUUUUCACUGCUAUAUAAUAGCAACACAACAUCUCGAUUUGUAGAGACGGAUCUAAAAUUUAAAUUUGACGGGUUCAACUUAUUAGAAUUUUAGAACUAAAGUCAUUCGAUUUUUAUAAUUUAUGGGUUCAGAUCUAAAACUACUUGAAAUUUUAGUGAGUUUUAAAUAUGAAUUUAUUUCAGAGUUAAAAAUGCUGGGCUUGAGUUGAUAGGAAAAAAGAAGUGUAGGAAGGUAAAGGUAGUAGGUUUGCAAGUUGCCUUUUUUUUUAAAUGUAACAAAAAGAAUCAACUGUGGGAUUAAAACAAUUAUUUUUUGUUGAUAAAGAGGUUUAAAACAACAUUGAGAGUCAAGAAAUAAGGAAAACAUCAUGGCUAGUUUUGAUACUCCAACGAUUGAUGUUUCUCCUUUUUUUAGAUCAGAGGAAAAUGAAGAAGGGAAAAAGAAGACUAUGGAGCAAAUAGGCGAAGCAUGUGUUAACUAUGGCUUCUUCCAGAUUGCGAAUCAUGGAAUUCCUUUGGACUUGUUGUGCAGAACCAUGGAUAUGUACAAGCCCUUCUUUGCUUGUUCAGAUGAAAACAAACUCUCUCUACCUGAAAAUUAUUUAAAAAGCACACAGAAUUCCGUUGAGACUUAUGAGCACUUGGUGUUUCGUCGUUCAUCUUCUGGCUUCAAUGUCUGCCCCAAAAGUCCACCUCAUUUCAAGCAAGUAUUAGAGGAGAUGGUUUCACAUUUGACAAAGUUAGGAGUUGUGUUGGAGAGCAUCAUAAGCGAGUGUUUGGGCCUCCCUCCCAACUUCCUCGCUAACUACAACAAUGAUCGGUCUCAGGAUGCCUUGAUGGGCCUGCACUACUUUCCAGCGACAGAGGAUGAGAACGUAGGAAAACCAGCACAUGAAGAUCCUGGCUGCAUCACCAUUGUCUACCAGGAUGAAGUUGGAGGCCUUCAGGUGCACAAAGAUGGGCAGUGGAUUCCUAUAGCGCCUUCCAAAGACAAACUAGUAGUUAAUAUUGGUGACAUGAUACAGGUGCUAAGCAACAAUAAAUUCAAGAGCGCAACUCACAGAGUGGUGAGACCAAGAGGAAAAAACCGUUACUCGUUCGCGUUCUUCUAUAACGUGCAAGGAGACAAGUGGGUUGAGCCAUUACCACAGUUUACAAAAGAAAUUGGAGUGUCGCCCAAGUACAGAGGAUUCCUCUUCAAUGAAUAUUUGCAGCUGAGACUCAGAAACAGGUCUCAUCCACCAGCUAGACCUGAAGAUCUCAUCCACAUAACCCACUACUCAAUUUCUAAUUGAAGUCUAUGUGAUCAAGGAUCUUCUCACUAUGUGGAAAGAAACCUGCAAUAAUAUGUAUUACUCCUGAUAUGUGUGUUGAAUUAAACCUGCAAUAAUAUGUGUAUUACACCUGAUAUGUUUGUAGAAGUGUGCGACCAGUGCCGGCUUGAUGGCUAGGCCCACUAAGGUGUUUGCCUUUGGCCCCCAUUU